AUGUCUUUGCUGCUUGCCAAAAUAUUCGGUUGCGCCUUUGUGCUGACCAUCAGCUGUGCGACACUUGGCGCCGCCUUACACGUGCCCUACAGCAAUGACUUGGAAGUUCAAGGUAUACAGUCGGCGAUCUACAAUGCUGGACCACUUGGCAAUCAUGCUGGCCUUUUAAGUGCCGCCAAGGCUGUUAGCCAAUUGCAGCUGCCCAAAUUGAGUGAUGCGGUGGAGCAGCAUGACUUCAGCAGUGAUGAUGGUCACGUGGAGUCGCUGGGCGUGGCUGGUGAUCACUUGGAUCCGAAACAUUUUCCUGCUGAUUAUGCCGAAGAUCAUGGCGCCACUGCUGAGGAAUAUGAAGAGGCCGAGGCUGCUGGCUCAGAACACCUCGAAGAGGUUGCACACGCCGACUUUGGCGGACAUGAGUUUUUGGAUAAGCUGGACUUCCAUGGAGAUUACCACGACGACUAUCAUCAGCAGCCUGUGGUGGGCAUUGACCAUGGCAAGGGCGCUUUCAGUUACAGCACUUUGUACGAGCACAAGCACGAUGAGCAGAAAGGCUUGUAUUGA